AUGGGCGUGUCUAGGGCAAACGUGGGCAGCCAAGCGACCGAGCACCGGCGAAAGGGCGGGAGCGCCAUGGCGGCUCGAGCCUGGCGCGGACGUCCUGCGUGCCGGGCGCGGUCUGCACAGCCUGUCGAGUCGGCCGCGCUUUUCCCGCCUCCGCCCGCCGCCCCACGCGGCCGUCUCCCGCGCUGGGCCCGAGGCGUCCGCGGCCACCCGGCCUGUCCGCCCCGGAGCCGUGUGGCUCCGGCCUCCGGCGGCCGGCCUCGGCGCGAGCGGGCUGAGUGGACAGCCGGGCUGGUGGUGUGGGGUGAGGCCUUGCUUGAGAGGACUGGUUAUACUCUGGAUGUAACCACAGGACAGAGGAAGUAUGGUGGUCCUCCACCAGAUAGUGUGUACUCUGGUGUGCAACCUGGAAUUGGAACAGAGUGUGACAGCUAUGAAAUUCGCCCUGGGAAACACCUUGGAGUGUGUAUAUCUGUGGCAAAUAAUAGACUUUUUGUUGGAUCAAUUCCAAAGAAUAAGACUAAAGAAAACAUUCUGGAAGAAUUCAGUAAAGUCACAGAGGGUUUGGUGGACGUUAUUCUCUAUCAUCAACCCGAUGACAAAAAGAAGAAUCGGGGGUUCUGCUUCCUUGAAUAUGAGGAUCAUAAGUCAGCAGCACAAGCCAGACGCCGGCUGAUGAGUGGAAAAGUAAAAGUUUGGGGCAAUGUAGUUACAGUUGAAUGGGCUGAUCCUGUGGAAGAACCAGAUCCGGAAGUCAUGGCUAAGGUAAAAGUCUUAUUUGUGAGAAACUUGGCUACUACUGUUACAGAAGAAAUACUGGAGAAGUCAUUUUCUGAAUUUGGAAAGCUUGAAAGAGUGAAGAAACUGAAAGAUUAUGCAUUUGUUCAUUUUGAAGACAGAGGAGCAGCUGUCAAGGCCAUGGAUGAAAUGAAUGGCAAAGAAAUAGAAGGGGAAGAAAUUGAAAUAGUCUUAGCCAAGCCACCAGACAAGAAAAGGAAAGAGCGUCAAGCUGCUAGACAGGCCUCCAGAAGCACUGCGUAUGAAGAUUAUUACUAUCACCCUCCUCCUCGCAUGCCACCUCCAAUUAGAGGUCGAGGUCGUGGUGGGGGGAGAGGUGGAUAUGGCUACCCUCCAGAUUACUAUGGCUAUGAAGAUUACUAUGAUGAUUAUUAUGGUUAUGAUUAUCACGACUAUCGUGGAGGCUAUGAAGAUCCCUACUACGGCUAUGAUGAUGGCUAUGCAGUAAGAGGAAGAGGAGGAGGAAGGGGAGGGCGAGGUGCUCCACCACCACCAAGAGGGCGGGGAGCACCACCUCCAAGAGGUAGAGCUGGCUAUUCACAGAGGGGGGCACCUUUGGGACCACCAAGAGGCUCUAGGGGUGGCAGAGGGGGUCCUGCACAACAGCAGAGAGGCCGUGGUUCCCGUGGAGCUCGGGGCAAUCGUGGGGGCAAUGUAGGAGGCAAGAGAAAGGCAGAUGGGUACAACCAACCUGAUUCCAAGCGACGUCAGACCAACAACCAACAGAACUGGGGUUCCCAACCCAUUGCUCAGCAGCCGCUUCAGCAAGGUGGUGACUAUUCUGGUAACUAUGGUUACAAUAAUGACAACCAAGAAUUUUAUCAGGAUACUUAUGGGCAACAGUGGAAAUAGACAAGUGAGGGCAUGAAAAUGAUACUGGCAAGAUACGAUUGGCUCUAGAUCUACAUUCUUCAAAAAAAAAAAUUGGCUUAACUGUUUCAUCUUUAAGUAGCAAUUUGCUGCCAUUUGUAUUGGGCUAAAGAUUCACUAUUGUGUAUAUAUACUCAAGUCUUUUUAUUUUUCCUCUUUUCAUAAAUGCUCUUGGACAUUAUUGGGCUUGCAGAGUUCCCUUAUCCUGGGGGUUACAAUGCUUUUAUCGUUUCAGGCUUCAUUUUAGCUUCAAAACAAGCUGGGCACACUGUUAAAUCAUGAUUUUGCAGAACUGUUGGCUUUGAACAGUUUGAUUUUUUUUUUGAAUUUGGUAUAGAUUACAUAGGCGUAUGGAGUAUGCUGUAAAUAAAAAUACAAGCUAGUGCUUUGUCUUAGUAGUUUUAAGAAAUGAAAGCAAACAAAUUUAAGUUUUCUUGUAUUGAAAAUAACCUAUGAUUGUAUGUUUUGCAUUCCUAGAAGUAGGUUAACUGUGUUUUUAAAUUGUUAUAACUUCACACCUUUUUGAAAUCUGCCCUUCAAAAUUUGUUUGGCUUAAAGUCAAAGCCGUGAAAAUUUGUUCUUUGAUGUGAUUGUAUUUCCAAUUUCUUGUUCAUGUAAGAUUUCAAUAAAACUCAAAAAUCUAUUCAAAACA